AUGAAUUUUGAAGAUCGUUAUUUUUUGCCCAUGAAGGAUUACUUGGGAUUGAACGCGCUGGUCAUGUCGAUGCUCGAGCCUUGGAAACCCGCGGAUGGGGAACCCGUCUCGGAUCCGGUGCGGUUCGAUUUCCCGAGGAACGGCGUGGAUUGCGAAAUCCACCCCGUUCUGUUCGACGGUUGGAUCGACCUCGAGGUAUGCAAUGAUAUGGCGUCGGAGGCGGUCGGGAAACAGCCGUCCGGCAGGAACAAGAAGGCGCGUCAACGCUUCACCCCUAGCUGGUGCGUGUUCUGCAAGAACAACGGCGAGAUGGAGAGCGUGUACGUGAGCCACGUCUUCAAGGGUGUUGACGGGAAGGUGGCAUGUCCGAUCCUGAGGAA